AUGGCAGAAACAAGCGAUAUUAAGCUGUUGAAAAGACAACGCGCUAACGUUAAGGCUCAGGUUACGCGCAUAUUAUCAUACUUAGAGGAACAUGCUGACACAUCUAUCACGACAUUAGAAACACGACAGUCUAAAUUAGAACAAAUGUUUAAUUCAUUUUCGGAAUUACAAACAGCCAUAGAGGUUAGGGACGAAGCUUCUGACCCUUCGUUAGAAUGGGAAUCAUUUGAAGAACAAUAUUACAGGGCCGCGGAAAUGAUUAACGAUAGGUUAAAAGACUUGCGCGGUAUCAAUGGACCCGUUCCUACGAAUAGAAUAUUAGUAGAUUUGCCGAGCACGGUUAAGCAAACUAGUUCACUUUUAAGAAAAAUCGAGAUCAAACCUUUCGACGGUAACCCAAUAGAAUGGCAUAGUUUUCAUGACACUUUUAAGUCCUUAGUACACGAUAACGAGGAGUUAAUCGGUGUGCAAAAAUUUCAUCUUUUGAAAAAUGCUCUACGCGGAGAGGCUUCCGCAGUAAUUGAAUCCUUGAACGCGACAGAAGGAAAUUAUUUGGUGGCUUGGGAUUUGUUAGGAAAGCGAUGUAAUAAGCCGAGGAAAAUUAUUAAUGCCCAUUUGAAGCUUUUGUUCGAUUUGCCGGAAGUUACUCGCGACACACCGUCAAGCCUUAGACAGUUAGCAGAGCAAGCUCAAGUGCACGUUAACGCGUUGAAAGCCGUAAAUCAACCCACCGAGCACUGGGAUACGAUUUUGAUACAUAUAGUUUCGAGCAAAUUAGAUAAGAAUACUCGCCGCUCGUGGGAGCGUACUUUAGAAGACGAAGAAAUUCCUCGAUUUCAGCUAUUAUUAGAUUUCAUUAAUAAGCAUGCACGCGGGGACGAUCUGGGAAUAGAGACUUCGAAUCCAUUCAAAACACAGGGUAUUCAGGAUAGAACGCGCUCGAAAACACAAGUUCGUAGUCAAUCAUAUGUAGCAACAGAUGAACGGAAACAAUCUUGUGUCGUUUGUAAGGGAGAACACCCAAUUUACACAUGCUCUAAGUUUUCACAAUUAUCGAUUCGCGAUCGUUUAAAUACCGUGAGGCAAACAAAACUAUGUUUAAAUUGUCUACGUCCAAAUCAUACGGUUAUCCAUUGUCGAUUAGGGAAUUGUCGCAAAUGCGAAAAGAAACAUCAUACAUUACUGCAUUUUCCGACUGAAACUCAAGCCGUGACGAACCAUAAACAAUCUUCACUCACCCCUUCAACGUCCUCAGAUACAGUCAAAACAGCUUUAACCGUUUCAUACGAUUCAGAAAUAUUACUUGGCACAGCGCAAGUCACGAUUUUAGACAAGUACAAUAAGGAGCACGCAUGUCGCGGACUGCUCGAUAGUGGUUCACAAACACAUUUUAUUACACAUAGACUCGCGGAAUUAUUACAAUUAGAGAAACACAAAAUAGAUCUUUCGUUUUCCGGUUUAGGGCAGCUUAAUACACACGCAAAGUACGUAGUUAAGACAGGUAUAAGAUCAAAGACUAGUGGAUUUAGAGCUCAGGUAACAUUCAUUGCUUUACCAUCGAUUACGGGUAGACUACCGUUAAGACAGAUCGACCUUAGUAAUUUAGAACUACCAAGGCACAUAGAAUUAGCUGAUCCAGAAUUCCAUAUACCUGGGGAAAUAGAUGCACUCAUUGGCAAUGCACUGUUUUAUGAGUUGUUAGAGACUGGUCAAAUUAAACUCAGCAGAUCGUCGGUCAUAUUACAAAAUACACAGGUAGGAUGGAUUGUUACCGGAGAAGUAGACAAUAGAAGGCGGAAUAAUUCUUGCAAGGCAAAUAGAUUUUGUCAUAUAGCCAUGUCUCUUGAAAGUCAAGUCAGUCGUUUCUGGGCGAUGGAAGAAAUUCCUGAGCAAAAAUUCUUGUCCGCGGAGGAAAGGGAAUGCGAAACCCAUUUUGCAGAAAACACAACGCGUGACGAGCAAGGGCGAUAUAUAGUAAAGUUACCGUUCAAUGAUAAACGCAGUCUUCUCGGUGAUUCAAAGGCAAUGGCCUUCAAACGUUUCUACAAUUUAGAGCGCAAAUUGCAAAUGAAUAUUGAAUUGAAAAAUCAGUAUUCAGAUUUUUUAAAGGAAUAUUCAAAAUUAGGGCACAUGACGGAGGUAAAAGAUGAUAAUAAUCUAGGAUAUUACCUGCCGCACCAUGCAGUCGUAAAGGAAUCAAGUACGACCACAAAGGUUAGAGUAGUGUUCGAUGCUUCAGCAAAAACCAGUUCCGGACUAUCUUUAAAUGACACGUUAUUAAUUGGGCCUACGAUACAAGACACAUUGUUUUCCAUACUCAUUCGUUUUCGCCAACAUACAUUUGUUAUUAUAGCAGACGUUGAAAAAAUGUUUAGGCAAAUUAUAGUGCAUCCCGAUGAUAGAGAUUACCAAAAGAUUUUAUGGCGAGAUUCAAUGAACGACGCGAUUAAAACAUUUAAACUGAACACAGUCACGUACGGUACCGCGCCUGCACCAUUUUUGGCUACGCGUUCACUUAAACAAUUAACUCUAGAUGAGGCACAAAAUUUUCCCAUAGCGUCAGAGAUAUUUUUAAAGGAUUUUUAUGUUGACGACUUGCUUACCGGAGCAGAUAGUUUUGAAGCCGCGCUAGAAAUUAAAAACCAAUGUAUCGGGUUAGCUAAGGCAGGAGGUUUCCAUUUGCGACAAUGGGCCUCCAAUGACACGAGAUUGAUCGCGGAGUUACAAUCAAAUACUCAAAGAGCAUCAUUGUGCCUAGAUCCAACAGAAGCUAGGAAAACACUAGGAAUUUAUUGGAAUACAACAGACGAUAAAAUUAGUUAUACCUUUAAACAAAUGCCGACAGAGCAUUCUCGCAUGACCAAGAGAGUGCUUCUGUCACAGAUCGCGCAACUAUUUGACCCCCUUGGUUUGCUCGGGCCAGUAAUUAUAAAGGCAAAGAUAGUCAUGCAACAAUUGUGGAAGUCGGCGAUUGACUGGGAUGAUCUCGUUCCUCAGUUAAUAAAACAAGCCUGGUUAGAAAUAAAAGAUGAAUUGCAUCUUUUAAAUAAUUUUGCUGUACCUCGUCUAAUUGCUUUACACGAAGCAAUAGCCUUAGAAUUACACGGAUUUAGUGAUGCCAGUGAGAAAGCAUAUGGUGCAUGUUUAUACAUUCGGUCCACUAACAAGCUUGGACAACAUGCCGUGCACUUAUUAUGUGCCAAAUCAAGGGUUGCUCCUUUAAAAGUUGUAUCGCUACCGCGUCUCGAACUUUGCGCGGCCAGGCUCCUUGUACAAUUAUACAAGGAAAUCAGAAAGGCACUGUAUCAAGUAGAUUUUAAACAAAUUAGAUUUUGGUCUGACUCAACCAUUACACUUCACUGGAUCAAAACCUCUCCCCACUUGCUCAAGACGUUUGUCGCGAAUAGAGUCAGUCAGAUACAAGCAGAAGUACAUUCCGACAUUUGGUUUCAUGUUGCUACAGCGGAUAACCCCGCAGAUUUCGUUUCGCGAGGACAACUUCCUGCACAGCUCAUGCAAAAUAAUUUGUGGAAAUUUGGACCACAUUGGUUAUCUUUGAAUCAAUCGUUUUGGCCAGUUAGCAAUAUCGAAACAAUAGAAAUUCCGGAAAAAAGACGACCUGUGACUCUAACUACAUACCUAAGCCAAGAUUUACUGAGAAGAUACUCGUCGAUUGAUUAUUUAAAUAGAAUCGUAGCUUACAUUUUUCGCUUCUAUUACAAUAUAAAAUGUAAAAACAAGAAAACCUCAGGUUCAUUAGUAAUUUCGGAAAUUCAAGAGGCACACCUUCGCAUCAUUAGGUUGGUUCAAUUAGAAAGUUUCCCAACAGAAUUAAAUAAUUUAGAAAACGGCAAGAGUGUCAAUAGGAAGAGUAGGUUAAGCAAUUUAAAUCCAUUUAUUGACGACAAAGGUCUUAUUAGGGUCGGUAGCAGGCUGAAACAUGCUCAGCUCAGGUAUAAUUUGAAGUACCCCAUAGUUCUGCCGCAUAAACACCACAUCACGGAACUAAUAAUUAGACAGGUACACAUAAAUCAAUUCCAUUCCGGCAUACAGGCUACGUUACACACAAUAAGACACAAAUAUUGGCCGCUAGCCGGCAAAAGUAUAGUAAAACAAGUAAUACACAAUUGCAUUCGCUGUAGUAGAUACAACCCCAAGACACCACAAUAUAUAAUGGGGGAUUUACCCAAAAAUCGAGUCACACAAAUGCGUCCAUUCGAAACCGUAGGAGUCGAUUAUUGCGGACCUUUCCUCAUAAAAGAAAAGAAGUUUAGAAACCAGAAAAAAUUGAAAUGUUAUGUCGUGGUUUUUGUCUGUUUCGCAACAAAGGCCACACAUUUAGAACUAGCUACCGAUUUAACCACGGAAUCGUGUCUAGGAGCGCUUAAAAGAUUCCUCGCGAGAAGAGGAAAACCACGCCACAUAUACUCAGAUAACGGCACUAAUUUCAUAGGCGCCAAGAAUGAAAUCAUGCAAGCUCAGACGUUUCUACUUUCCAAUGAAUACAAAGAUAAGUUUCAGCAGUUCCUAACACAAGAAAACAUUGAAUGGCAUUUUUCUCCUCCCCGUUCUCCACACUUUGGUGGUCUAUGGGAGGCUGCCGUUAAAGCAUUUAAGAAACAUUUACAUAAGACAGUAGGCGAUGCCAUAUUCACGUACGAGCAAUUUUACACGUUAAUCGUUGAGAUCGAAGCAAUACUCAAUUCACGCCCUUUAACACCCUUAUCCUCUGAUCCCAACGAUUUCCUUGCCUUAUCGCCUAGCCAUUUCCUUAUAGGGGAUUUGUUGGCAUGCUUACCUGAACACGAUUUAGCUGAUAUUCAAACUAACAAGUUGUCACUUUGGCAACACAUCCAAAAAAUAAAACAACAUUUUUGGAAAAGGUGGCAGACAGAAUAUUUACAGGAGCUGCAUACUAGAAGCAAAUGGCACACUGGAAAUAGCACAGGAAUCAAGGAGGGCAUCCUCGUGACAAUCAGAGAUGCCAAUUCUCCACCACUGCAAUGGCAGCUCGGACGAGUAGUCGCUGUUCACCCUGGAGAAGAUAACAUAGUCCGUGUAGUCACUGUUCGAACUCCACACGGCAUUUACAAGCGCGCAUUGAAGAAUUUGGUACCGCUGCCUAUUGAACCAGCUUAG